AUGUCUCUCACCCUCAAGCUCUCCUCCCUUGUCAUCCGCACCUUGUCAAAGCCGAUCGCCAACCAAAUCAAGGCCCAGGCUCGCGAACAUGAACGCUUCCGGCGCAUCUGCGUCUCCAUGGCGCAAGGUCUCCACCGUAUCGACAUGCGUCUCCGGCUAGGCAACAUCCGCGACAACGCCGCUUCGCAAAAACGAGCAGCUGCUGAAAGAGAGCUCCGAAAACACAAACCCACAUCCCCAACGGUCAAGACGGAAGUAGAGGCCAAAGCGGAAGAGGAAGCCAUUGCGAAAGCCAAAGCGGCGGCAGAGGAGGCAGCGAAGCCGGCACCGAAACCUCACAUUCGACCAUUGUCGGAGUCCAAGGCGAUCGAGUCUGGUGCCACAUUCAUCAGCGAAACAUUCUUGUUUAUAGUGGCGGGAGGACUGAUUGUUUUUGAGUCGUGGCGGUCGCGGAGAAAGGAAACAACCCGCAGGGAGGACGUUGAGACUCGAUUGGCCGAGCUGGAGCAGUCUGAGAAGGCCGCUCGGCUAGCACUGUUGGCCUUGGAGAAGGAGCUGCUCCAGCAGAAAGCCAAGCACGGGGAACUUGGGGAACUUCCAAAGUCCUCCUCGAGGAUCCUACCUCGUGAGGUGUGGGACGUAAAUCAAGAGGACGAAGUGAAGCCAGCUGAGGAGCCGGGUUUGCUCUCCUGGAUUACGUCGUAUCUGCCUUGGGGGGAGAGUCCGGAACAACGGGCAGAGUCUGUGAUCAAGGAAAGUAAGAGCGCAGCGAAGCCAUCACUUGAGGCACAAACGUCGCCGGCAUCGAAACCAGCCGAACCUGAACCGAAAGCGCCAGAGUCGAAAAAAGCUUGA